ACUCAUGGAAACAGUAUAAAACAGUAAUUAGGUACAGAAAACACAUCACGGGAGGAACUAAGAAACUUACAAACAUGUUCUGGGACAGGCAUCGGACGCAAGUCGGCACGCGGAGGCACACGGACGGCAAGCCGGUCUCGGGAAGCUCGGUGGAAGACAAUGAGUCCGAGUUAAUAGAGGAGGAUACCUCAGGCACACAGCUGCCACUGCAAACGCUGUCGCGGACCGCGAUGCUGUUGCUGGACUACACGCAUUUCAAGGCUGCACGGACCAUCCAGCGGCACUGGCGAGGUUUCUUCAGUCGCAAAACACUGAAAAAGCGCAACCAGGCGGCCAUUACCAUUCAGCGUUGGUGGCGAGGCUUUUCAGUGCGAAAGAGCUACUUCAAGACCGUGGAGAAGAUGCUGCAGAAUCGGAUCGAGAUGCACUACACCAAGGCGGCCACCAAGAUUCAGGCUUUGUUCCGCGGCUGGUGGAUCCGUCACACGGUCCACGAUAUGCGCAGCCUGCGGCAUAUGCAGAUCUGUGCGGCCGAGGAACUACUCAACUGUGUGGCCUUCAAGCUGCACCAUUUGCUGCGCACCUACUCGAUACCCGGCGUCUACUCUCUAAAGAACACAACGUGCUUGUCGCGAGUGGAGAAGCUGCUGGCGAGUCUCAAUUUUCGUUUCCACAACGGUCGGGUGCGAUCGUACAUGGCCAAACGGAGCGCUGAUGCCCAGGCGGAGCGGGAUAACUUCCGGAAUAACAGACACCUGACGGGAGUUCCGUAUAAAGGUCCCAACUUUCAGAGUCUCUGUCCGCCGCAUUGUGAGGAGGCGUUGCGCCUCAGCAAGGACAUGGACCGACGAAUGUACAAGAUCAUUGAGAUGUACGACAAGGCCCAGAGGGAUUCCCACGCCCAAAAGUUCCACAAAAAAUUAGCCGGAAAAAAGCGUCUCAAGGUCUUGCAGGAGAAAUUGAAGUUACUCGAGAAGAACAAACGGGACUUCUGUGGCGAUGUCAUUGCUAGCAUGCGUCGCUGGAAGAUACUAGGCGGCAAGCGGCUUGCAGUGGACAGUAAUAUCUUCCAGAAGCCCGAGAACCUGGAAAAGUUCCUCCACGAAAUAUCCGACCUUCUUGAAGAGAUCGAUAGCACGCCUUGCCAUUGCAAACCACCCUCUCUCGACGAGAUCGCUUGCCACUAAACGCAGCUUGGGUGGCCGAAAGACUUAGGAUACCCCAAACAAUUUCAAAACAACAUAUUAUAAAAUUUAAAUAUAAAGAGCUUUAUAAGCAUGGAAAAUA